CUUCCCCAGUUUUGACGACUAUCGAUAAGACCAUUCAUCUUGUAAGAUGUUGAUUGCACUACGAAUAUCAGCAUCUUUUCUUCCAGCAAUCUCUCCCUUGGGAAUUUGUAUUCUUUCCACCUAUAUUGAAAGGCCUUCACAGUUCGUCACACAUGCCUCCCUCCCAUCAAUAAUCCUGCUCCACCCACCAUGUCCGCUCCACCAUCUACCACGGAAAUCGCAACAACACUGCUUGCUCAACAUGGCCUACAACUCCAAUCCCUAGAGAUCCUACAAUCGCUAUGGGCUGGAUACGGUCACGUAUGCCGUGUGACCGCAAUCCCGUCACCACUAGCUUCGGAGCCCACAGCAAAAUCACAGGAAUCAUCAACAACAACCCCAUCCCUCUCCCAAACCCCUGAAACCUAUAUAAUCAAACUCAUAUCUCCACCGCUCUCCCCUUCUAAACACCAGGAUGAAGGACACAUCCGCAAGCUCCUCAGCUACCAAGUCGAACAAUACUUCUACACCUAUCUUGCCCACUUAAUGCCCGCCUCCUCCAUCCCCGUCGCAAACUGCUUCUCCAGCCUCACCGAGCACAACCCAAACGGCACCUUGACGUCAGCCAUGCUGCUGACGGACCUGGCGCGAGAUUUCCCCGUAGCAGGCGAGAAGAGAGGGACGUUGUCGACGAGGCAGGUGUACGCUUCGCUGGACUGGCUUUCUUCAUUUCACGGGUUCUGGUGGAGCAGGGUCGGGGAUUUCGAUCGAGAGAAGCUUGUAAGGCCGCCACUUGAGGAGAUGAAGGGGCGGGAAGAGUUGAGGGACAGCGAUGCAACGAAGGGAGGAGACGUGGAUGGCGUGUGGUUGAACGGCGGAUACACCUACCUCUCAACUCGACGCUCCGAAUUCGCCUCCCUCGCCGCAGACGAAGACGCGGAGUGGCGCGAUGCCCUGACGAUGCCGUUCCCAGAAGGCUCCCCAUCCUCUCUAGCGGAAAAGAUCUCUCGGAUCCUCGCUCCGCAUCCCCAUCCAGAUCAACAUGGUCCAGGUCCCACGGACGCAUACCAGACCCUGAUCCACGGGGACGUCAAGUCGGAGAACCUCUUCGCGACACGCGAUGGCGGCCGGGUGGCGUUUUACGACUUCCAGUACGUGGGGCUCGGGCUCGGCGUGUGCGAUUUGGCGAAGUUGUUUACGUGCUCUGUGCCGGUGGAGAUGCUUGUGGAUGCGGGAAUAUCUCACUCCAAGGUCCUACGGAUGCAGAAUGGCGAACGCGGGCUUCUUCAGCACUAUCUCUCCAACCUGACAAAAGUCUCCGGGAAGACGUACGAGUGGGACACGUUUGUGAGGCACUGGGAGAUGGCGUUGGUGGAUUGGUUGCGGUUCCAGGCUGGGUGGGGGUUUUGGGGUAAUAAGGGGUGGUUGGAGGCGAGGGUGAGGUCGGUGGUGGGGGAUGAGGAAUGGAGGGGGUUUGUCGAGCGUUUUGGAAGGGUGUGA